AUGAGAAGGACAUUCCCUGAAUUGAACUUAAAGUUUAGAGAUUGUCAAGAGAUGAGCUGGAUUAAUUCAACAAUAAGGUUAGAUAGUUAUAGAAAUGACACAACAAUCCAAGAUUUGUUAAAAAGGAAGGACAAGAGAGCGACAUUUUACAAAAUCAAAUUGGACUAUGUGACAAAGGCGCUAUCAGAAAAAGCAUUAGAUGGGUUAUGGAAUGCGUUCCAAAACAUAGGAGAUGCACUUGUGCAUUUUACCCCUUAUGGUGGAAAAAUGAGUGAAAUAUUAGAGGAUGCAAUUCCAUUCCCACGUAGAAAAGGAGUUUUGUAUAAUAUAGAAUAUUUUGCAAUGUGGCAGUAUCCGAACCAAACAGUAGAGAAGAUAAAGUUUGAUUGGGUUAAUGGUGUUUAUGACUACAUGGGGAAGUUUGUUUCUAAUCCAAGAACAGCAUAUCUAAAUGCAAGAGAUUUGGACUUGGGAAGAACACAAAAUGGAAGUUAG